AAUCUAAAGUGUCUCACCCAACCAUGGGCAUGGAGGUUCAAGGGCUCCACUCUCACCAUUGAGUGGGCAUUUGGCUCAUUUUAGCAUCUCAAAGGGGGGAUCACCUCUCAAAAAUUUGGGCUGACCGUUGGACUACGAUAUUAACCAGAAUAGAAGCUUUGCUUGGACUGAACUGAUCUGAUUUUAUUUUCUAACACACAAGGAAAUUUUACGGAUUACACAAAAUUAUCCACUUUUGCACAGAACAUUGAAGCUGCGACUCUCUCUUUCAAAGACUUCACAAUCUUUCCAAGUUUGAACACACCUCUCCAUUUCUUCCUUUUCUCAAAUCUCUAUCAGUAAACCUUUUCAUCAUGGUUGUGGGUAAGAUGAAGUUAACUUUUCAGAAAAGGGUCAAGUUGGCCCAGCGUUUAUGGCUGCUCUCUUGGAUGGCAACUCUGGGCGGAGCGAUUACCUUCACGUUAGGAUGCUUCCUAAAGACUGAACUUCAAAGGAGGGCAGAGGUAAUGCAUAACACAGACAUCCACUGUGUGCCCAACACCUUGAUGAUUGUGGGUCUGGCUUCAAUGGGCAUCAAUUACUUUGCUGGUCGAAUCUGCCAGGACGCCCUAGAUGCUGGGCAUUUUCCACGAUGGAAGACCUUCUUAAAGCCCUAUUUUGGAUGCUCGGUAUUCUUCACCACCCUCAUGCUCAUCUCAGUCAUCUUGAGUUACGUCAUGAAAGGCAGCCUGGAGUCCUCCCUGAAGAUCGGGCUGAAGAAUGGCAUCAGGUUCUACAAGGACACCGACACUCCUGGCCGGUGCUUCCAGAAGCAGACCAUAGACCACCUUCAGAUGGAGUUCCAGUGCUGUGGUAACAAUGACUACAAAGAUUGGUUUGAGGUGCAGUGGAUCAGCAACCGUUACCUGGAUUUCAGCUCUAAGGAAGUUAAGGAUCGCAUAAAAAGCAACGUGGAUGGUCGUUACUUGGUUGAUGGUGUGCCCUUCAGUUGCUGCAACCCUAGUUCCCCCAGACCCUGUAUCCAAAAUAAAAUCACCAACAACACUGCCCACUACAACUACGAGCACCUAAGCGAAGAACUCAACAUCUUCACUCACGGUUGCAGAGAAGCCCUGGUCAACUAUUAUAUGGGACUGAUGAACACCAUUGGAGCUGUAGUACUGUCCGUCUUUCUGAUUCAGUGCUCAGUGCUGGCCAGUGUGCGCCUCCUGCAGACUUCUUUGGAGGCCAUUUCAGGACAGGAGAACGUAGAGAUCGAAACAGAAGGCUACUUGCUGGAGAAGGGAGUGAAGGAGACCUUCUUGGAGUACAUGGAUCCUGUGCUGAAACUCCUGUUUCUGAACCAGGUAUCUCCUCCUGAGGGCAACGCUGAAGCAGAGGCCUCUGGGACAAAAACUACCACCAGCUAAAGAGCCCGAAUUUUGUCUGACCAAUGAAAUUAUUUCAAAUGGAGGCUGAGAAGACCCGUCAGUUCUGUUAAUUUAUGAUCAAUAUAUUGUUUUAGUUUUUUCUGUUUCAAUUACCUAAAUAUCAAAGAAUUGUUUGUUUCAUUUAUACUAUUAUAAAAUAAUUGUCCUUAAAUGUAUCAAUCCUGUUCAGCAGUAUCAACAUGUACAAUUUCCUGAGAAGUCUCAGCAAGUGAUAAGAUAACUCCACUGUCAAUUCUGUUGCACCGACUACUUGACUAGUCGAUUAGUUCAGCCUAGUCUACAUAUUGGGUCUGUUCUUUGGCCAUGCAAAACCACUAUACUGUAUGGUAUACAAGGUAAACAUUGACCAGCCAACUAGUUGACUACUUUUCUGGAUGACUUGUCAACUAGUAAAUAGGAGUAUUCAUGCAAGCCCAACCCCUCAACCCAUGGCACAUAUGCUAGGCUUGGGGUGAGUAAAUGUCUGUUCUUUAAUGUCAGGAGAAAAUUGGUGUAGCUUUGGCUGUGAAAUGACUUGCAUUAUGCUUUUGAGUUUGAAUCUGGAGUGGUAAGAUGUUUUGGAGUGACUGAGCAGUUUCUUAAAAACUGGAAGUCUUUAAGACUUGUAAUUUCCCAAUUAAAAAACCAUGUUGUACCUUUAGAAGUGAAGUUUUUUAUAGCGUAUUUUGUUAUACUUCAUACUAUAUGGUACAACAGUAUCUUAAUUGCAAUGAUAAAACAAAAUAGUAUCCUGGAAGCUCCUAAUAAUCUGAACCUUACACAUAUCCUAAAAAGUAGGACGAGUAGUAAGACUUAAAAUUAAGUAGUCGUCGCUGCAUCACAUGUGGCACAUUUGCAUAAAGUUGAACUCUGUCGCAUUGUUAAUGGUAUCUGUUGCCUGCCUUGAACCAACAACUCUCAUUGAACAUUAAUAACUUCCUGUAACUUUGUUGCAAAUCACUGGCAGUGUGAACUCCGCUUGAAUCUAAGUUUCUGUCUAACCACAACACAAAAGCCCUGUUUCUUGGUUUCUAUUUGUGUGGCAUUGUGCUGGGUAGCCCCACACAAUGAGAAAUCUCAUUGGUCUAAAAUCCUGCUCUGCAUAGCUGUACAUGAAACAUCAAAUCAUUUUUGACUGGCUGCGAUUGUGUUACGUGCUGCAGCAUUCGCUUUCAGUGUGGACAAGAAUAUUACUUGUUGCUGGAAACCUGUCACAUUGCACCUGGUUAAGACAUACAUUUGAUUUAUCUUAAAUUCAUUAUGUAUUCAUUAAAACAAAUGUCAAAUUCAUUUUUGAAAAUCUGAUGAAACAUUUGUUUUUCUUUUUCUUUUCUCAUCCAGUGUAAUUGCAUAUUUAAACAUAAAUACUUGAAAAAUAAAUCAUGUGAAGAGAUUGUGUAGACCAGGGGUUGGGAACGUCAGGCCUCAGGGCCGUAUAAGGCCCGCAAGACAACUUUACCCGGCCCAUGAGGCCAUUUGAAAAAUAAUUUGAAAAAUAAAUAAAAAUACAAUAAAAAUAAUGAUUACAAUUAAUUUUAAAUGAUAACAAUGCAAAAUACUGUAUAAUAGACAGACCUUUCAGUGUUUUUUUCUUGGUGCGUCAGCACGUAACAGGUAGCGUACACUAAUUUUAACACACAAUCAGAAAUUGCAAGCAAUUUUAUGGCUCGCGAAUAAUUUCAUAAACACUUGAAUGGCCCUUAAUAGGAAAAAGGUUCCCCACCCCUGAUGUAGACGAGGCUCAGUGCUCUGAAAAUGCUAUGAAACUCAAUAUUGCACUCGAAGGCCUACACAGAAAAUGGUCUGGUCUAAUAAAUCUGAUGUUUUGAACUGCUUUGUAGAGCCAUUUUGUUGAAAUAGACGUAUACUGUAUUCCCUCUUUUUAUUGUCUCAUUCUUUCAAACUGAACACACAAACAUACAGGUACAGACAUUUAUGUUCACAACAAAGUGAGCAGAAAGCUCUACAUAUAUUCACACAGGCAUAUAACCUUAUGCAGAUACACAAACACUUUCACGUGCACACAGAUUAGAGACAGAUACUGGAUAAUGAAGGAUGAUGGGUAAUAGCAUAUACAGUGAAAGCCUUGUCUGUCUGUGUCCUCUAGUCUGACACCUCUAUCUUGUCCUAAUCUUUUAAUACGCAAACUGCUGCACAAGCACUCACACUCACUGCAUCCGAUUUGUCUCAAAUGGCACCCUCUGCCCUUGUGGUCUUCCUCUGAGUGCAGACUUUGGCUGUGUCCCGUUUGGAAGGCUGCAUCCUCCGGAGGUCGCAAACAUCAUCGAG